GGAGGAGGAGGACGUGGGUUGAGAAGCGUCGCGUGCUGCUGCGGCUAUAGGUCAUUAAGGCGCGCGGUUUGUUCGUUGCUGAACAGACGCAGAUCGGUGUGUGAAUGAGAGUUCUAGGCGGAGAGGGAGAGAGAGAGAGACGACAAUGAUCCGUAACUGGUGUGUCUGCGUGUGAGAGGAGAGAAGAGGAGCGGGAGUUGGAGAGACAGCGAGAGACAGACAUGGAGGACUCGGAGCCUGGUGGGGAAGACGGUAUGGUCAGCGGCUGGCGGUGGAAUAACCGGAACACCGGAGCUCGAGACCAGGUUCAGCUCAGGCAGAAGAUCCGGGAUUUACCAGGACUGUUGAAACAUGGACUGCACCUACGGAAGAAAAGCCAGUCACCUGAUACCAUCCCAGGACCCAGCACAAGCCCUACUGUUCACAAGUCCUGCUCCCAGAGUUUCCCCUGUGCAGGGCGUGCGGUGAGAAAUGCUUUCCUGUCUAAUGGGCCCUACCCUGCUAAAGACAAGAUUCACCUCGCCAGGAUCAUAAGGCGUAGCUACGUGGGUGUAGACCUGGUUCAGUGGCUGUGUGAGCAGUGUGUGUACGUGCGCUGUCGGAGCAUGGCCGUGCGUGUCUGGCAGGUCUUACUGGAGCUGGGCAUCCUGCUGUCUGUGGAUCAGCGCGUGGUGUUUGGGGACUCUAACUCCUACUACCAGUUCAGCUUUGAGGAGUGUGAGUCUGCAGCCUGCGAGUUCUGCGGCCUGGAGAAGGAGGCGUGGCCAGAAGCUGUUAGGCUCCUCCUACAGCUUGUCCCAUACGUCCAGUUCAGAACUGGGUCUGAGGAGGACUCAGAGGGAAACAGAGAUGUCUGUGGGGACAGCUUUCUCCAGAUGAAAGCAUUAGAUAGACUCACCUCCACGGUGCAGAAUGAGUUGGCUGUUGCUCUCGCCCGCAAGGCUCGCAAAGCCAUGGCAGAGCAAGGUGGGUCAGAGUCACCAGACGCCAUCCCCCGGGAGACACCCACACCCAGCGACGAGAACACCACGCUGGGGGGGGGGUGUUCGCUCCGCGGCAACGUGGGGAGUGUGUGUGUGCGGCCGGACGGUGUGUGUGGCCGCGAGGAGCUGACCAGACUAGAGCUGGUCCAGAGACUGGCUAAGGACGGCUGCAGACUGCUGCAGAACCAGAACUAUAGAGUACCAGAUCACCGCAACCCCACCGGAGAGGUGGUAGGGAGGGUGUGUCUUAAGGAAAGGGGGCGGGAUGUCCUUGUGCUACAGAGAGUGCCAUCAUCAGUGACAUCAUCACCUAAUCCCGCCUCAUCGCCAUCAGGGGGAGGAGCAAGAGAAGAAGAUGGAGAGAAGAGGUAUGUGGUGGUGUCUGGAACACCACUGAAGAUUCUAGAACACCUGCUGAGUGACCUACGACUGGACGACCAGAGAGGAACGCCGGAGAGCAAAGAGUCUGAGAUGCUGCUGGAUGACUUCCUGUUGACAUACCUGGUGUUUAUGACGACCAACGACCUCUGUCAGGCCCUGCUCGGACACUACAGCAGUAAGCGUGUGCGUCAGGAGGAAGGGAAGGAGGCCCUCUAUAGGAAGAGGAAGGUAUUACACCUGGUCUCUCACUGGACACGCCUAUAUAAGGACUUCCUACGAGAGGACGAACACAUCAAGACAUUCAUGAAGACUCUCUCUAGGUGUGUGUUAGAGGAUCUUUAUGAGUUUCCAUCUCUGGAGAAAGACUUGAAGGAGUUCCAGAAGCUUCUACGACGCAGACACACUGUGGAUGAAUGUCCUCCACAGCAAAAGAGUAAACCUAUGUUCCAGCAGCUCAGUUUGAAAGAGAACAGUCUUCCGCUCCGUUCCCCUCAGGUUGACACCAAGGAGGUGUUGUGUCGUGUGUAUGUGAGUGCUGACUCCUACCUGUGUGUUUACACACACUCUUUGCUGAGCGUCGCAGAGCUGCUGAGGGUUGUGGGUCAGAAGAUGGACCGACCAGAGGAGGACAUGGUGCUGGUCACACACACGCACACUGGAGAGAGGAGGGUGUUACAGGCUGGUCAGUGUGUGUAUUCUGAGACUCUGACGCCACAGAGCAAACUGAUGGUCUGUCAGAGGGACCUCACACAUAUUAUGGCCCCUCUAACAGACAGUGAGCUGAGUAGGAGAACAGUGAGGUUGCUGGGUAUCAACACCUGGGAUAUGGCUGCUGCUCUCACACAACUGGACUGGAACCUCUUCAACUACAUACACGAGCAGGAGUUGGUGUAUUCCACAAUGAGCUGUAGUACCGGAGGCAGCCACCGGGAGGGGCUGUCUGUAUUACUGCAACGCUGUAACGAGGUCCAGCAGUGGGUCAUGUCUGAGGUCCUGAUGUGUGUGUCGCUCAACAAACGAGUCCAGCUGCUCAAGAAGUUCAUCAAGAUCGCAGCGCACUGUAAGGCCCAGCGGAACCUGAACUCAGCAUUUGCCAUCAUCAUGGGACUAAACACUGCAGCUGUCAGUAGACUCAAUAUAACCUGGGAGAAGGUUCCGGGGAAAUUCAAGAAGAUUUUCUCCGAACUGGAGUUGAUCACAGACCCGUCUCUGAACCAUAAAGCCUACAGAGAUGCCUUCAAGAAGAUGAAGCCUCCUAAGAUCCCUUUCAUGCCCCUGCUGUUGAAAGACAUCACCUUCAUCCACGAGGGAAACAAAACCUUUCAGGACAACCUGGUGAACUUCCAGAAACUGCACAUGAUCGCCGACAUAGUGCGUCUGAUUCGCCACUGCCAAAGCGACCAACUGGGUAACGAGGUGGUGGGCAGUGACAAUCCUGAGGUCAGGGCGAGUGUUCACCACUUACACAUCAUCGACAAUCAACAGACACUCUUUCAACUGUCACACAAACUGGAGCCACGCGCCUGAACACACACACUCCCAGAGGAACUUUUGACCUCCACAGAACCACAGAAAAUACACUUCCUGUAUCAAAGGUGCCAUGCGAGCCACUGUCUCUAAGCCAAUCACAGUUCAACAUCCUGAAAUAGCCAGCCAACCACACUUCAGAAGACUGUUUCAGCCAGCCAACCACAGAGCUGCACACUGAGGCGGCGUUCAGACUGAAAAUGAAUAUCUGACAAAACCUCAAUUCAGAUUUUUUUUUUUUUCAGAUUUUUCUAUGAGGGUCAAACGUUGACGGAUGAGAAAGCCUUUGAAGAGGACAGGCAGCCAUUCGUUAUUGUUCUGUGGUGAAUACAGUCGUUAAGCUACUCUCCAGUUACUGAGACUGCAUGUUGUUCUGUUUCUGCUCUGAAAUGAACCGUCAGUUUCACUGUAUUGAGGAUCGUCGGUAGGGGAAACGGUCAUGUGACUGCAGAUAUUAAUGCAUGGUAUAAAUGUACAGUGUGUAUAUAUGGACAGAGUAGACAUACAGUAGAUGUGUACUAUAUGGACAGAGUAGACAUACAGUAGAUGUGUACUAUAUGGACAGAGUAGACAUACAGUAGAUGUGUACUAUAUGGACAGAGUAGACAUACAGUAGAUGUGUACUAUAUGGACAGAGUAGACAUACAGUAGAUGUGUACUAUAUGGACAGAGUAGGCAUACAGUAGAUGUGUACUAUAUGGACAGAGUAGACAUACAGUAGAUGUGUACUAUAUGGACAGAGUAGACAUACAGUAGAUGUGUACUAUAUGGACAGAGUAGACAUACAGUAGAUGUGUACUGUGUGUAUAUAUGGACAGAGUAGACAUACAGUAGAUGUGUACUGUGUGUAUAUAUGGACAGAGUAGACAUACAGUAGAUGUGUACAGUGUGUAUAUAUGGACAGAGUAGACAUACAGUAGAUGUGUACAGUGUGUAUAUAUGGACAGAGUAGACAUACAGUAGAUGUGUACUGUGUGUAUAUAUGGACAGAGUAGACAUACAGUAGAUGUUUACUGUGUGUGUGUUCAGGCCACAUGGUGAGCCUCUGGAUGUUGCCAAAUGCCCAGAUGGGAAAGAGAUGCCAUAUUCGGUUAUACAGACGCACAGCUUUUCACAUGUCUCCAUAGUAACAACAACAGCCUGGUCCUGCCAUACCAUAAAAGGUCAUAACAUUACACAUUGUUAUUAGAUGUUAUAACAUGGUAUUAUAGAGAGUUAUUAUAUUGUUGUUACACUUUUACUGACUGAAGAGAUUGUUCUGUUAUUUCAAUGCCUGUUACACACAGAUUUCACUAAGCAACGUGGCCUGGGUUCAAUCCCAGCCAAUGCAUUUUACACUGAUCUAGAACAUUACUCUGUUAAG